AUGGCUUCGUGGUUGCUCACAACUGCGCUUUUGACCCUUUCAACAUACGCCGCCGCACAAGAAUAUAGCUCGCAGAGCAACACCUUCAACUCCUCCUUCUCACUUUCACCCUCUCAAAUAAGCAGUGCCAAUCUCGACAAGACUACGGUCAAUAACGUCAACAUCGCCAUCCAUUUCGAACAAAGCAACUGGGCCACCGGCAGCAUUCACGAUGAUCCCUUCUACACACCACCUUCCAACGCCAGCUGUGCUCCACCAGGCUCUCUUCUAAAAGUGGAAGACUACACGAAUACCACCCUGUACACACUACCACCUAACGUCGCACUUUCCCGUAUCAUCUUCCAGUCCGCUAUCUACCUCAACGACCAUACCAACGCUCCCGUUCCGGCCUCAGCCUACAUCCUCUGGCCCUGGCACCCCCGUAUCGAUCCUGCGACAGGCAAGUACGCUGUCGUAGGCUGGGCCCACGGAACCUCUGGCAUCUUCGGCGAGUGCGCACCGAGCCAUAUCAGGAACUUGUGGUACCAGUACUCCGCUCCUUUCAUCCUAGCACUACAGGGCUACGUCGUUGUCGCGCCGGACUACACAGGCUUAGGCGUUGACCGGUGGCCCAACGGGACGAAGAUUCAGCAUCCUGCCUUCAAUAACCCGGCACAUGCCAAUGACCUGUUCUACUCCGUCGAGGCCGCGCAGAAGGCGUACCCAGAUGAGUUGAGCGAGCGCUUCGUGCUAUUCGGGCACUCUCAGGGUGGGGGUGCGGCGUGGGGCGCUGCGCAGAGGCAGGCAAGGCAGCCGGUUGAGGGUCAUCUGGGUACGAUCGCGGCCAGCCCGGUCACGGACAUUGUGAUGCAGUACCGCAUAACGCCGGAUGCUGGAUGGCCAUUUGAACUAGUUCCAGGACUCCUUUCAACGAUCCCCGACUUCGAUGACAGUGACUUCUUGACGCCAAAAGGCGUGCGGCAUUACGAUCUUCUUGCGGAGAUAGGCGGUUGCGCCAGCUCAUACUUGCCGCUCUUCUACCAGCCAAAGCUCCUUAAGCCUGGCUGGGAUACUACACCUGCGAUGCAAGAGUUCCAGAACCUCACCGGCAACGGCGGGCGACCGAUCUCCGGACCGAUGCUCGUCUUGCAAGGAACAGGUGACGUCGUGAUCACGACCAACUUGACAACGCAUUUCGUGAAAGAGACGUGCGCGCUGUAUCCGAAUAGCGAGAUCGAAUAUGCGCUUUUCGAAGGGGCGGACCAUGUGCCAACGUUGUAUGCGAGCCAGCGCAUAUGGCUGGACUGGAUUGCGGAGCGCUUUGAGGGUAAGCCUGUGAAGAAGGGUUGUGAGCAUAGGAUGUAUAGGCCUGCGAGGAGGGUGGAGGCGUAUCAGCAGGAACUGGCGUAUUAUAUGGAGAUUGCUACGCAGAGUUAUGAGGUUGCUUGA